AUGAGGAGUUGUUCAUUUCUGUCUCAUUCGCCUUGCACAAUGUUCCUUCUUCCAGUCCAUCUCGACCACCGCGAUCUCACCGGUCACUGCGAUCCCGACCUGCAGAAUUGUCGCUCUCUCUUGAACAUCGUCCGGGGUUGUCUGACGACCAUCGCCGCCUGCGUGUGGGUCUCGGUGCAUCCCAACCUUCCGGCGCCUAAUCAGGGACGGAUUCGGGGCAUGUUCACGAGAAUCAAAGUCAUGCUCAUUGCCAUCGCAAUGCCAGAGGCUGUGAUCGUGUUUCCGGUACGGCAGUUCUUCGCGGCGCGCGCCUUUCCCAAGACAUACCACGUUUCGAUGACACACGGCUUCUUCUUCACCAUGGGUGGUUUCAUCGAUACUGAGCGCCGCUCCCUUCUUACAUCCGAAGAUUUGGAAAGACCAGGUGUCUUGAAAAGCAUUCGUGAGGUUCGAGAGGAGGACAUACGGGACAAGAGCAAAGCGGAUGCUCUAGCCAAGGCUUUCGCAAUCCUGCAGGCCUCUUGGUUCAUCAUGCAAUGUGUCGCUCGCGUCUUGCAGCGCCUACCCCUGACGCAAACUGAGGUUGCAACGCUUGCCUUUGCGCUGCUCAAUAUCGUGAUGUGGCUCUUCUGGUGGCAUAAACCUCUCGGGGUCAACGAAGGUAUCAUCGUCGAGGAACGAACAGAUAUCACCGGUCUUCGAAAGUACGAGCCGACCCGACCUUCCUACGCGACGUCUUCUCUCGACUGGUUCAACAGAUUCAUUGACGAAAUGGUGGGCGCACUCGGUGGGGACUACGAAGAGCAUCAACGGGCACACUCGGUGCCCGCUUUCUGGUCCGGCGAGGGUGCUGUUGAGGUACCACUUUUGGGGGAAACCGACCUUCCUACCGUCGCAGUGGUCACUGAAGCCAUAUCUGCGCUUAUCUUUGGAGCAAGCCAUUGCACAGCGUGGAAUACACACUUUCCGACCGCUGUCGAAAUGUGGCUUUGGAGAGUAUGCUCGAUCAUCGUCGGACUGGGGCCAGGUACCAUGGCCGUCUCCCUGUUUGUUGAUUUGCUUUCCGACGGAAAGCGUUAUGAAAGGUUAACGACUGUUUUAUUCUACACUCCUGUCAUGCUAUAUCCCAUCGCACGCCCAGUUCUGAUCAUCCUCAUGCUGACGACGCUCAGAAACCUGCCGUCCGAGGUGCUCUUUGAUGUAGAUUGGACGGGAUUUAUUCCACACGUAGCGUAG